AUGACGGACGAUAUAAUGCACAGAUUACAAGAGCAAAAUCCCAAAGUCACGUACAGUAAUUUAAUUUACAAUGACGGUCUGACAAAAAUUGAAGACCAGGUUAAAACAAUUUCUGGAAAGGACUUAUCACAAUAUGGAAUGAACAGACCCCAGAGAACCGAGGAAAUCAGUAGCGAUUUAAUACGGGAACUAGAUUACGAUACUGCUUCCUUACAACAACAACUAACAGAGUAUGUUUCACGUUUGAACCCAGAACAAAGGUUAGUAUUUGACAAUGUUGUCAAAAAAUUCGAAGAUGGCGAAGGUGGUUUGUUAUUUUUGGAUGCUCCUGGAGGCACGGGAAAAACCUUUAUUUUAAACUUGCUUUUAGCCCAAAUCCGAAAAGAUAAAGGAAUUGCUGUAGCAGUUGCCUCUUCCAGAAUAGCCGCCACUCUGCUCAAUGGUGGUCAAACGACACAUUCGUUGCAAAAAUUGCCAUGA